AUGUAUUUGUUGGGUAUUGCCAAGGGAGCCGGCCGCAAGCCAGGGCUAGAAAAGUUAUUUUUAUCGCCCAACGCGCAAGAGAUUAUUUUACCAGAGGAUUCGAACGCGCUACACUUAUUACAGAGGGUGCGUGACGAAGCGCACCGGUUUGCCAUCACUGGGCAUCGCCAGCAACGUGCUAAACGCCAGAUACACUCAGUGCUGGAAAACAUCGAGGGGGUGGGGGCUGCACGCCGUAGAGAAUUAUUGCGCCAAUUUGGUGGUUUACAGGAAGUACAAUGUGCUACUGUAGAGGAGCUAGCCAAGGUACCUGGCAUAAGCGUGGUUUUAGCGAAAAGGAUUUAUGAUGCGCUUAACAGAUUCAACCUACCAAAUCUUUUAACACUGUUGCGUAUUUUUUUAAUUCCCAUUUUUAUUCUCGCCUACUACACCUCAGGGGCUUUAAGCUAUUGGCUUACGACCAGUAUUUUCGUGUUUGCUUGCUUGACGGAUUGGUUCGACGGUUACCUAGCUAGAAAGUUAAGACAAGAAUCGCGUUUUGGGGCGUUUUUGGAUCCUGUAGCUGAUAAAUUAAUCGUAGUCGUGGCGUUAAUAUUAUUGGUGCAAAGCUAUGGUACGGCAAUUUUAUCGAUCCCAGCUGUCAUUAUUAUUAGUCGUGAAAUAGUAAUUUCUGCCUUGCGUGAACUAAUGGCGCAAUAUGGGCGUGGCACUAAAGUCGCUGUGGCGUACGUAGGCAAGAUUAAAACUUUUAUGCAGAUGAGUGCUAUCGCAGUGCUGCAAUUAGUAAAGCUUGAAGAUAACAAUUUAGUGCCGAAAAAAAAUUAUACUAAA